AUGUCUGAUAACACGCAAAAACUUUGGGGUGGUAGAUUCACCGGUGAGACCGAUCCAUUAAUGCAUCUGUACAAUGCGUCGCUGCCAUAUGACUACAAGAUGUACAAGGCUGACUUAGACGGCACCAAAGUUUAUACUUCUGGCUUGCAAAAGCUGGGUUUAAUCUCGGAGGAAGAACUGGUGAAGAUUCACGAGGGACUUGAUGUGAUCAAGAAGGAAUGGGACGAGGACAAGUUCGUUCGUCACCCCAAUGAUGAGGACAUCCACACUGCCAAUGAAAGACGUCUUGGUGAAAUCAUUGGACGUGGUAUUGCCGGCAAGGUGCACACCGGUAGAUCUCGUAAUGAUCAGUGUGUGACUGAUUUGAGAAUUUACUGCCGUGAUUACUUGAACGACAAACUGUUCCCUGGCUUGAAGGACCUGAUCGAUGUGAUGAUCAGACGUGGUGAGAGGGAGAUCGACUUCUUGAUGCCAGGAUACACCCAUUUGCAGAGAGCGCAACCAAUUAGAUGGUCUCAUUGGUUGAGCUCUUACGCUACAUAUUUCACCGAGGACUUUAAGAGAUUGCGCCAGAUACAGAGCAGACUGAACCAAUCGCCUUUGGGUGCCGGUGCUUUGGCAGGGCACCCGUACGGUAUCGACAGAGAAUACUUGGCUCAAGGGCUUGGUUUUGAUGGUGUCAUUGGUAACUCUCUAGUGGCUGUUUCUGACAGAGACUUCAUCGUUGAGCUUAUGUUCUGGGGCACUCUGUUCAUGAACCACAUCUCUCGUUUUGCAGAGGACUUGAUCAUUUACUCUACUGCGGAAUUUGGCUUCAUUAAGUUGAGCGAUGCCUAUUCGACAGGCUCUUCGUUGAUGCCGCAGAAGAAGAAUGCCGAUUCGUUAGAGUUGUUGAGAGGUAAGUCUGGGAGAGUGUUUGGUGACUUGACCGGCUUCUUGAUGAGUUUGAAGGGUAUCCCAUCAACCUACGACAAAGAUAUGCAAGAGGACAAAGAAGCUCUGUUUGACUGUCUAUUAACGGUGGAACAUUCGAUUCUGAUUGCCACUGGCGUGAUCUCCACUUUGAGCGUUCAGAAGGAGAAGAUGCAAGACGCUUUGACUAUGGAUAUGUUGGCUACCGAUCUAGCCGACUAUCUUGUCAGAAAGGGGGUCCCAUUCAGAGAAACACAUCACAUCUCCGGCGAAUGUGUUGCCCUCGCUGAGAAACUGAACUUGAGCGGAAUUGACAAACUGACUUUGGAGCAGUACCAAAAGAUCGACUCCAGAUUUGACUCCGAUUUGUUCGAGACUUUCAACUUCGAGCAGAGCGUUGAAAGAAGAGACGCUACCGGUGGUACUGCUAAGUCCGCUGUCCUGAAGCAAUUUGCCAGUUUAAAAUCUCAAAUUGACUCUAUCUAA